AUGCUUGAGAGCCUUCAAUCUUCCGAAUUAAUCUGGACGCUUGAGUUCUGGCUGUGGGGCCCUUUGGAACAUUUAGACCUCUUGACGGAUGCUGCGAUGCCGUGGCAGGCCGCCGCUUGCAACCCGGCGGCCACGGACCGCUUCGUGGCCGUGUUCGGCAGCUCCGGCGUCUUGGAGGACUUCCCGGCGCUCGCGGACUGGCUGGGCCUGUCGGGGCUCAUGGCUUUGAUGCUUCUCUUCGCCGUCGCCGCGCAGCAGUGGUACUUCAGCUGGCUGGACUUCGCCGCGCGCGCGGCCGACGGCGAGGCCGGCGCCGCCGUGGCGGCCGCCGUGGCGGGGCUCCAGGGCGUGGCCGAGCACUUCGAGGGCCGCUGGACGGUGGCAAGGCAAAGGCUCGGGCGCAUCCAGACGUGGCGCGAGCAAGACUGGCCGCUGCGCCGCCAGGCCAAGACGAUGGUCGCUCUGAUUAAGGUCGCGGCCCAGAAUCUGCCACAGCUGUUCUUGCAAUCCGCCUUCCUCAGCCUUGCGUUUACCGAGUUAGGCAGCUGGGGCCGAUGGAAGGUGUUGCUGUCGAUGGGUUUGGGGGUGGUCAACGCGGUCCACAAGUUGUGUCAGAUGACCAGUGAAAUGAUCUUGUUGAUGUGGCGACGUAGGGAGGAACGACACUGGCUGAACCUCGCCCUCCUUGUGCUGCUGAUGGAAGGAUUCGCGCUGGUGGCCCAGGCGGUGAAUCGCAUCGUGAUGGCUCACCUGUGCCCCAGCCACCAGUGGAACCUGGCGACUGGGUGCGUCCAUCAGUGA